AUGUUCUCAAACCUGUUUACGAAAUCACGGACACUUCACUGUAUCCACGUGAAGUAUAUUCGAAGCGUUCGGGGAAAGGACAAAUAUCUCCCCUUAAGUAAUAGCAAUAGUAUUCCCUUAUCAGAAAAUGAGAGUUGCGGGGGUAACGAGUGGAAGGAGUACUCAUCUCACGGUGGUGAGUUCCACCAAGUGUGUACACAAAGUGAUUCUUACACCUUAGGAAGGGGACAGAAAAAAUUAAGGAAGUUCAAAAUAGCUGCACAUGGGAGAGGGAAUCACCUCCUCCAUAGGGAUACAAAAAAUGGGAACUUCGCCGAAGGGGGGAUCAGGAUCGAUUCCGAUUACAUAGGUGAUAAGUUGUCUGAGGGGGUUCAAAACGGGGAGGAAAUUUGCCCUGAUAAUGGGGCCAACCCAUUUCUAUCCAACAAUGGGGGAGUUACCGAAAUGGAUGGAAGCCAAGAUGAGGAAGGAUCCACAAGCUUAUUCACCCAACGUACCACGGAAGAGAGCACAUCAUACCAGUUUUUAAAAACCUUAUAUGGACUAAUCGGAGAGAAAAUGGACAUCUCCGAAGAAAUAUCAAAAGACUUAAUUGAAAAAAUGAACAAGAUCAUCAAGAUUGAAAAGAAUUUAAAAAUGGUUUUUCUUCUCUUACACACGAUGAAUAAGCUCGUGUGUAUCCACGAAUUCAUCGGGAAGUUGUCCUCCGACAUAAUCAAUGUAAAAGACAGUGAAUUGCUCUCUAUCAUUCUGCGCAUAAUGGUUAAUUGUCAUUAUAAGGAUGGAGAAUUAUUGCACAUACUGGUGACUAAGCUAAGGGAGAACAUAAAAUUAGGUACAUGUACAACGUUAACCGUAAGUAACACCUUUUACAGCUUUGCUCAUUUGUACAGAGAAAACUUAAUCCACAUGGAAGACAUUCCUAUAGGGGAGAUGAUUCAAAUAAUUGGGAGCUAUCACAGCUCCUUUUCUCAUGAAGAGCUUUUCGAAAUUAUCGAGGCAUCUCCUCAUUUUUCAAUCCCCAAGGAAAAAUCAUUAAAGGGGAAAAUGAAUCAAACAGAUAAACCCUAUCAACAUGUUAAUAAGAAUUUAACCAAGCUGCUACAUAAACUUGGAACUUACUUAGUAGGAGAAAACAUUGCCAAAACUACCCCCUUUAUCCAAAUGAAGAGGAUUCUGUAUUCAUAUGCCAAGAUUAAAACGUACCAUGAGAAAUUGUUCCUGCAUUUAUAUCCCCCUACAUUGAAGAGAAUAAAGGGGUACAAUGAGGAUCUCCGCCGAUCGCAUGAAUUGGGGAGGUACAGUCGUGGAGGAAACGACUCCCAAGCAUCGUGUGAGGGAUCAACGGAAGAACUGGAGGAAACUCCUCCAUUGAUCAGUGAAGCAUCGCAAAACGUGACAGAUGUUCUCUACGCAUACAGCAAAUUUAGUAUGUACAUAGACGAGCUGUACAACGAAAUUUUGCUCCUCCUACAGUAUAUCUACAAACAUAUGGGUUGUUCAGAAUUAUCGCAGUGCUUAAUAUCCUUAACAAAGGUGCACUGCAAUAUGAGGAUUCUACUGUCCAAAAUACACAUGGAAAGAUUUAACGUGCAGGUGAAAAUUUACAGAAAAUUUUUUGCCAAUUGUACUCCCAUCGAUUUAAUGAAUUAUCUCCUAAGUUACAGUAAAAAUUUAUAUUUCGAGAGGGACGUGUAUGACAUCAUUGCAGAUUUGUUCCUUCGGGAGAAGAAGAUAAAUUCCCUCGAAGGAACCGACCUGAUAAAUAUUCUUCAUGCGUAUAGCAAAAUUUAUUAUAUGAACGGCAAGGUGUUUUCUGCGGUGGAUAAUAUUCUGUGUGAAAGACUUGACAACAAUUCGAAUUAUUUGUCUACAGAGGAUGCCAUAAAAUAUUUAAAUUCGUGUGCAAAAUUAUCAUAUAAAAACGAAAAGAUGAUUUCCAGAAUUAUUGAAAUUAUCCAUAGGAGCAAUUUUGUUAAUAUCGAAAUUUUUCAGCUCUUUAAAAUGCUCAAAAGUGUGAAAAGGCUACACGUACCAUUUGAUCGCUUGGAGACCCACAUCCGAAUGAUCGUCCCCAACCUCACCUUCGACUUUGGCACGUACAGCAACCAUUACUACAGAGCCCCCAAGGACCUCCACGUGCGCAGGAAGAAGUGGGUGUGGUAG